AUGGCAAAUAUAACAGUUCAUUCUAAUUUUUUAUUUUUAGUUUUAGAUUCCAGUAGCGGAUUUAAACCAGGUUUUUUAUAUGGGAAUAAUUAUUGGUUAAGCAGUCGUAGCCAGUGUCUCGAUAUAAGUAGAAGUCUUUCAAUGUCAUCGAGAAUAAUAUUGAAUAACAUGCAGUAUCGUGAUCUACAGAAAGAAUUUCCGCCUUUUGAUAUAAAUUACUUUGUUGCUCAUUUUAGAUACAAUAGUACUCUUCAAUAUCAUAUACGUAUGUUUACAGAGGAUGUGAUAACACUAGGAUUCUGUCUGCCAGCAUCGUGUUCAACAAGCAAUUUAAGUUUUAUAUUGGAAAGAAUAUUGCAAGACAAAAUUAUCUUAAGAUAUGAUCUUCAUUUCACGGACAUCAAUUUGAUUCGAGUUAAAAAUCUGAAAGAUGAUGACAAGUUAUCCGGUGGUGCAUUUCUUUAUAUUUGUAUAGGCUUAGGCCUCUGUUUCAUGACAACAACCGGCACGAUAUAUGAUAUAUUCAUCCAAAAAAAUUUAAAGAAAAAUAACAUGAACAACAUUAACAACGGUAUUAAAGACGUAUCCAGAGAAAUAAGAACAGAAGUAAAUUUGCCCUUACAUGAGAAAAGUGUUAUUGGAGAAAUUCUAUCGGCAGCCGCGGCAGGAGGCACGAUAAGAAGGAGAAGCAGCAAUUGUUGUCUUAUCUACCUCAUUUCGCUGACUGUCGCGUCUGCCAAUGGUUUGGCGACCGACUGGUGGUCCCCGCGUGCGGUGGACAAUAAAGUAUGGGCGUACAGAUUUAUGGAGGUUUAUGGUGCUUAUAUAUUUGACCCAUUUAUUGGACUUCCAUCAGUCGAUAGUUAUUUUUUUUCAAGUGGAUGUUUAAUGUCUUAUUGGUAUUUGAAAGAUAAAACAAACAAAAUACUGACUAAGCCAGUAAGAUGCAGGGAAAAAUUAACUGAAUUUUUUAUCCAUAUAAUAAAAAGAUUUCUUCGGUUGACACCAGUAUACAUGAUGGUGUUAGGACUAUGGUACUUAAGCUCAAAGUCGUUUGACAAGAUAUCGCAAGUUUACAUACACGAAAGAGCGCACGAAACGUACUCAAAGUACUGGUGGAGGAAUCUUUUGUAUAUACAUAAUUUAUUUGGUUUAGAUGCAAUGUGCAUGAGUUGGAGUUGGUAUUUAUCUGUUGAUAUGCAAUGUUAUACAAUCAGUCUGAUGAUAUUAAUUUUAUCAACUAUAUACUUUAAUGGCGCUGUUACGAUCUUGGGUGCAUUGUUGAUAAGUUCUAUUAUUCUCACCGGUUAUAUUUCGUAUGCUUAUGAAUAUGUUCCAGCACUUAAUGAAUUAUAUCGACACGCGGAUAUCUUAUACAUACCACCAUGGAUGAGAAUAAAUUCAUAUAUUAUUGGUGUAAUCACUGGAUAUAUUUUAAUAAAAUUAAAUAAUAAUUUGCUCUGGAAAAAGAAAGUUAUAAUUCUGUGUUGGUGCGCCUUUUGUUUUGCUAGCGCAUGUAACGUUUUUAUUUUAUUUCUGAUCUACGAGCAAUACAUAUCCGUUUCAAUUAUUGCUGUAUAUCUUGCUCUACAAAAAAUGCUUUAUGCCAUGGGUGUAGCUUGGAUUGUAAUAGCGUGUUCUACUAAACACGGAGGCAUCGUUAAUAAGUUACUAUCGUUCAAAGGCUGGAUCCCUUUCAGCAGACUCACGUAUUGUGCUUAUCUUUUAAAUCCUGUCAUUAUACGAUCGACUCAUUUAUAUAGUGAAACCACAGUUCAUUUUGAAUUUCUACUGUUUUUUGUUCAAGGAGUAGGAUAUAUUGUGAUCAGUUACUUUUGCGCUUACGUAUUGUCAUUGAUGGUGGAAAUGCCUUGUCUCCGGUUAAUUCGAAUGUUCAUCCACCGUCAGAAGAUGCUUAAAAAAGUAUUGUAAUUUUAGUACACUAAAAUAACACAAGCGCACGAUACGCGCGCGCCAUUUAAUUUUAUGUUUACAUAUAACUUUAUGUUUAAAUAUAAAUAAUAAGAAUUUCAAAAAUUAUACAUUCAUGAUUAAUAAUAAUACAGUUCACGAUGACAAAUGACAGAUUAUGUUCUUGAUAAUAGAUUAUGAAUAAAUAAAAAUAGAAUAUGA